AGGCAGGUGUUUGACACCAGAGGAGGAGGGGUGAGUGCAGCUGCUAGAGGCAUGACUGCUGGACGUCUUUUGGCCGUGGUGGAUGCACAAGUUAUUCCUCUGCUGGACUUCACUGAAGCAGAGGAGAGCAAUGGAAAGAAGGAUGGAUCUCUUCAAAAUUUGGGUCUGAAGAUAUUCAAACGUGGUGUUCACUUUUGGGGACUUGCAGAGGAAAAGGGCGUGCAGGUUCCUGGUUUCAGGAACAUAUCCAGUCAGGAGGCCCUGCACUGCGAUGGUCUAUGGAGAGGUGCCACCAUCGAUGCCAUGUGUUGGAUAAGGAGGCGCCCAUUACUGGUACAGACAGAGAAGCAGGAACGAAGCCCGGGGAUAGAGCCAGAGAACAAGAGGGAACAUGUGGAAAGGAAAGACAAAAACAAGGACGUUAAGGUGGAGCUCGAUGAGGGCAGGUGGGAUCCAUGCUCUGGCAGCAGGGGAGGGGGGAAACAGGAGAGGGGAGAAUUAAUGAAAAAGGAGAACACCAGAAGGCACACU